AUGAGCUGGUCACCAUCUUCUUGGAGGCAGAAACCUAUCGCGCAGGAUGUGGUCUACGAAGAUAAGGCAAAGCUGGACAAGAUCUUGAACAAGUUGCGCAAACUGCCCCCCCUGGUUUCCCCAACAGAGAUUGACCGGUUGAGGAAUCAACUCGCCGAUGUCGCCGCGGGCAAGGCGUUCCUGCUUCAAGGAGGAGACUGUGCCGAGCUGUUUGAUGAUUGCUCACAGUAUCCUAUCGAGCACAAGCUAUCCUUGAUCCUUCUCAUGUCAUUGAUCAUCCUCCAUGGAUCACGUCUACCAGUGGUCAGGAUCAUGCGAAUCGCAGGCCAGUAUGCCAAACCGCGGAGUAAACCCACCGAGAUGAUCGAUGGCGAAGAAGUGCUCAGUUUCAGAGGGGACAAUGUGAACGGGUACGAGCCGACGGACAGGAAUCCGGAUCCAGAGAGAUUACUCGGGGCGUACUUUCACUCGACCGCGACUUUGAACUAUAUCCGGACAUUGUUGCUCUCUGGGUUUGCGAAUCUGCACAAACCGCUCGACUGGUCAUUCUCCCAUGUCCGCUCGCCAGAGCUACAAAAAGCGUUCUCGGGAGUGAUAGAGAGCUUGCAGGACAGUCUUGACUUUAUGCGCGUGGCUACGGGUGGGGACGGUGGGACAGCGAGAGGGGGUACUGAAACCGUGGACCUGUACACGAGUCACGAGGCGUUGUUACUGGAGUAUGAGGAGGCACUGACUCGGGAAUUUGAUGGGCGACCAACUCCGCGACCGACCAGUGGGACCGCAUCGCCGGUGAGGCCGACCAAGAUGGUAUCGACCCCGUCAAUGGCCUCCUUCCCUGGGAAGCGGUCAUUCUACAACACGUCGAGUCAUUUCAUAUGGAUUGGGGAUCGUACGCGACAGCUGGAUGGGGCGCAUGUGGAGUAUUUCAGGGGGAUCGCGAAUCCAAUUGGAAUCAAGGUUGGACCAACGAUGCAGCCGGAUGAGCUUGUCCGGGUUCUUGACGUUGUGGAUCCGGACAGGAUACCGGGAAAAGUUACGCUGAUCGGACGGUAUGGGGCGGAUAAGGUGGAUCAGCAUUUGCCAGGGCAUAUCGAUGCGGUCAAGACGACAGAUCAUGUGGUGGUCUGGCAGUGUGAUGCAAUGGUGAGCGAAAUCACGAAAUCUUCCAUGACAGACCCCACGCUUAAGACGAGAUACUUUGCAGAUGUGAUUCAGGAGAUCACCAAGUCGAUGGAAAUACACAAGGCCAAGGGAACGAUUCUGGGCGGAGUGCAUUUGGAGCUAACGGGAGAGGUCAAUGAGGAUGGGUUCUCGGUCACCGAGUGCAUCGGGGGAUCCAUGGAACUCGCCGACAAGGAUCUAUCGUUCAACUAUCGCUCCCACUGUGAUCCUCGGCUCAACUAUGAGCAGUCGCUGGACGUUGCUUUUUUGAUCUCGGAUCAUUUGAAAGCGAAACGGCGUGGCGAGGCGCCGAGAGAUAUCCUCUUGGCGAAUCUGCGUGGUCGUAGAUUGUGA